AUGGCGCGAGUAUGUAUGACUCUCCAAUUCCCGCGCACGCUUCAUUUCGCGAUUCAGCGCCACUCUAACUCCUCGGUCGUCACCUUCCCUGUAAACUCCCUUUGCUCUAAGAUUUACAGUUACAGUUACCGGCGAAGGGAGCGAUCGGUGACUGGUGGUGUUAGGGCUUUUGAAUCCUCUUCUGCUAAACCUAUGAGUUGGUGUGAUGGCGUUCAGGAACCACGGGUUCUCGUUGCACCUGAGCCUGGUACCGAUGCAAAUGGUAUGGGACAGAUGAUAUUGCUCCGCCAUCCCAAAUCUGGAAAUGCAACACAAUAUCUGUUUGUGAAUGGAAUGCUUCAAGAACUCCAGUGGUUUAAGAACUUGUAUGGAUCUUGGUUUUUGGGAGAUUAUAUAACUGAAGAUGGUCGGUUGUAUUUAUCCACACCAAUUGAUCCUGUUUUCAUCAUGUUGCCUAUUUUUGAGGAAGCUAGAAUGAAGAAAGGGGAUGAUCUUGGGAGGUUCAGGCAAUUGGACGAGAUAUUAUUUAUUGAUGGGUAUCCAGGAUAUAUGCAGUUAAUGUCUGUUGUGGAGAACUGCAUGCAAGUAGUUUCUGAAGUCAAAGAAGUUGGAUCCUCAAAAUUCUUCAGACUUGAUGACUCAAAGGUUCUACGUUGGCUGAGUUAUAAGGUUUGUCAGCUAAAACAGACGCUACCCCAAUUGGACAAAAACUAUGCUGUUCAAUCAGAGAAAGACACAUUGAUUGAUGCAGUCUCUAUAUUGGGAGAGUAUUUGAAGGAAAAGCCUUGGUUGCAGCUUUUGUGUAACCAUCUUAAGUUAAAUAUACUCGACGUUACUGGAAAAACACAAGUAAAUGCUGAAGGAAGUAACCCAGGUUCACGUAAUGAAUUUCAGGAACAACAGAGUGAAGAUAAGAAGGCUACAACUGCAAAGAAAGGGAGACAAGCGAAGAAGGUAAAAUUGGAGACCGAAUCGCACAACAUUAGAGAGAUGUUUAGCAGGGCUUCCCGAAAGAAAAGCUAA